AUGCCUUCACUCCGUCUUCCCAAACUACCAAUACCCCGGCCCUCCUACCGGGGCUACUCCACCUCCGCACCAUCCCCUUCCUCACGCCUGAACCUCCCCAUCGACUACAGAUCGACACCGCUCCUCCACCACACGGCCUCCAGCCUCUCAAACCACCCAGACCUCCCUAGCAAUGCGACCUCCAAAUCCAUCAACUUCUACCAAGCCAUCAACUCCGCAUUACGCACCGCCCUCUCCACCUCCAACAAGGUGAUGCUCUUCGGCGAAGAUGUCGCUUUUGGCGGCGUCUUCCGCUGCUCGAUGGAUCUACAAACCGAAUUCGGUUCUGAACGGGUCUUCAACACACCCCUAACAGAGCAAGGGAUCGUCGGCUUUGCAAUCGGUGCAGCGGCCCAGGGAAUGAAGCCUGUUGCGGAGAUUCAAUUCGCAGACUACGUGUUCCCAGCGUUCGAUCAGAUCGUGAACGAGGCGGCGAAAUUCCGGUUCCGGGAGGGAGCAACCGGUGUGGAUAUUGGGGGGAUGGUGGUGCGGAUGCCGUGUGGUGCGGUCGGACAUGGUGCUUUGUACCACUCCCAAUCACCAGAAGCACUGUUCGCACAUGUUCCUGGCGUACAAGUCGUCAUGCCUCGCUCCCCAUCCCAAGCUAAAGGCCUGCUCUUGUCCUCGAUCUUUGAGUCUCAGAAUCCCGUCAUCUUCAUGGAACCGAAAAUCCUCUAUCGUGCCGCGGUAGAACACGUCCCGAGCGAGUACUACACCAUCCCAUUGAACACGGCGGAGGUUAUUAAGCCAGGGAACGACCUGACGAUAGUCUCGUACGGACAGCCACUAUACCUCUGCUCCGCGGCCAUCGAAGCAGCCGAGAGGGCAUUCGGGGCGAGUAUCGAGCUGAUCGAUCUGCGCACGAUCUACCCGUGGGACAGACCUACGGUAUUGGAUAGUGUGAAGAAGACGGGACGGGCGAUCGUCGUCCAUGAGAGCAUGAUCAACUACGGAGUCGGCGCCGAGGUGGCUGCUACCAUACAAGAUGGAGCGUUCUUGCGUCUAGAGGCACCGGUCAAGAGAGUCGCGGGAUGGAGUACGCAUACCGGACUGAUGUAUGAGAAGUUUGUGAUUCCGGAUGUUGCGAGGAUAUACGAUGCGAUCAAGCAGACUCUUGAGUAUUGA